CUUCCUUGUGUCCCUUAUCUGCAGUCAGUUAGCAGCUUACUCUAACAUGAGCCAUGAUUUCUCUCACACAAUCGCCUCGGUUUUCUACUCUUCCCAUAAAUCCUCCAUUUUCAAAGACAAAUUACGCCGGUGCCAAAAUCCUCUUUCCGCCAAACAUUAACACCAAUGCGUACAGAAGAAAGUGCUUAGCUGGUGACCAAUCCCAGCCGCAAACCAGAGGUCCCCAAAAGCAGCGGCAGAAUUCUGAGAGGCCGCGCAAGAAGAGCCAACAGCAACUAGAUGAGGACAAAAAUGACGGCAUCGACCCUGUCGGAUUCCUCGCCAAACACGGUAUUACGGACAAAGCCUUUGCCCAGUUCCUUCGUGAGCGGCAUAAGGCGUUUAAGGACUUGAAGGAUGUUUUGUAUUAUCGCCACCUCAAUCUUCAUGAGCUGGCUUCUGGGUUCGAGAUACUUGGCAUGCACCGGAAUGUGCAGCACCGUGUGGAUUUCAUGGACUGGGCUCCAGGUGCUCGCUAUUGUUCUCUGGUGGGGGAUUUUAAUGGUUGGUCACCAACCGAGAAUUCUGCCAGGGAGGGUCAUCUUGGCCAUGAUGACUAUGGCUACUGGUUCAUAAUUCUUGAAGAUAAACUAAAGGACGGAGAAGAACCUGACCAAGUGUACUUCCAACAGUACAAUUACGUCGACGAUUAUGAUAAAGGUGACAGUGGUGUUACAGUUGAAGAAGUUUUCCAGAGAGCUAAUGAUGAGUACUGGGAACCUGGCGAAGACCGGUUCAUAAAUUCACGUUUCGAGUUAGCAGCAAAAUUGUUUGAGCAAAUAUUUGGGCCUAAUGGGCCGCAGACGGAAGAGGAACUGGAAGAAAUACCAGACCCGAAAACAAGAUACAAAGCAUGGAAAGAGAAGCAUAAAGACGAUCCUCCUAGCAACCUUCCACCUUGUGAUGUGAUUGAUGAUGGAAAAGACCAUGAUGAGUUUGAAGUCAUAACUGAUCCUGCAUGGCAAGAGAAAUUCAAAUCUAAGAAGCCCCCUAUUCCAUAUUGGCUGGAGACUCGUAAAGGAAGGAAAGCUUGGUUAAAAAAGUAUAGUCCUGGGAUUCCCCAUGGAAGCAAAUACAGGGUGUACUUCAACACAUCAAUGGGGCCUUUGGAGAGAAUUCCUGCUUGGGCUACUUAUGUGGUUCCAGAAGCAAAUGGCAAUCUACCUUUUGCUGUUCAUUGGGAACUGCCUCCUGAAAGUGCCUACAGAUGGAAACAUAAGCAUCCACCAAAGCCAAAAUCUUUGCGAAUUUAUGAGUGCCAUGUUGGGAUAAGUGGAAAGGAUCCUGGAGUUUCUAGCUUCAAUGAGUUCACUGACAAUGUUUUAACUCAUGUAAAGGAAGCUGGAUACAAUGCGAUACAAUUGAUUGGAGUUCCUGAGCACAAAGAUUAUUUCACUGUUGGCUAUAGGGUGACAAAUUUCUUUGCUGUUAGCAGCCGUUUCGGCACACCUGAAGACUUCAAGAGAUUAGUGGAUGAAGCACAUGGGCUUGGUUUUCUUGUUUUCCUAGAUAUCGUUCAUUCAUAUGCUGCAGCUGAUGAAAUGGUUGGGUUAUCAUUUUUUGAUGGAGCAAAUGAUUGCUACUUCCACUCUGGUAAAAGAGGCCACCACAAAUUUUGGGGCACAAGGAUGUUCAGAUAUGGAGACCAUGAUGUGUUGCAUUUCCUUCUUUCAAAUUUAAAUUGGUGGAUAGUGGAAUACCACAUUGAUGGCUUUAAUUUUCAUUCUCUCGCAUCAAUGAUGUAUACGCACAAUGGAUUUACUACUCUUACUGGCGAUAUGGAAGAGUUCUGUAACCAAUAUGUCGACAAGGAUGCUUUCCUCUACCUCAUAUUAGCAAAUGAGAUAUUGCACGCCCUUCAUCCAAAUAUAGUGACAAUUGCUGAAGAUGCCACACUUUAUCCAGGACUCUGUGAACCAACUUCUCAAGGUGGAUUGGGAUUUGAUUAUUUCGUUAAUCUCUCUGCAUCAGAAUUGUGGUUGUCAUUCCUUGAGAAUGUUCCUGACCAUGAAUGGAGCAUGACUAAGUCCAUUUCAGGGGGGCGUUCAUUUGCUGAAAUACUUUUUGGUUCAGCUAACACAGAGGAGGCCUUGCUUAGGGGCUCGUCUUUGCAUAAGAUGAUCCGAUUAAUCACAUUUACAGUUGGUGGUCGAGCAUACCUCAAUUUUAUGGGCAAUGAAUUUGGGCACCCAAAGAGGGUCGAGUUCCCAAUGUCGAGCAACAAAUUUUCCUAUUCACUUGCUAACCGUCACUGGGAGCUUUUGGAGGACGAAUUUCAUCGCAAAUUGUUUGUUUUUGAUAAAGACAUGAUGAAACUGGAUGAAGAUGGAAAAAUACUCCUGAAAGGUUCAAGAGUUCUUCCGAAUAUUCACCAUGUCAAUGAUGCAAUGAUGGUGAUAUCUUACUUACGAGGUCCUUUUCUCUUGGUCUUCAAUUUUCACCCAACAAAUUCAUAUGAAAGAUAUCGCAUAGGUGUUGAAGAAGCUGGAGAAUAUCAAAUUGUGUUGAAUACAGAUGAUGUUAUUUAUGGUGGUCGAGGAUUAAUUGUUAAAGAUCAAUAUUCUCAGAGGACCAUUAGCAGGAGAGUCGAUGGUGCUAGAUAUUGCCUGGAAGUGCCACUCCCUAACAGAACUGCUCAGGUCUACAAGUUAACUCGGAUUCUUAGAGUAUAACUUUGUGGGCUUAUGAGCCUCUAAAUUCGUCAUGUGAUUCUACAACCACUUGCUGUCAUUUUUGAGUUGAUGAUAAACAUCAAUACAUCGAAUGGCAACUUUGGCCCUGAAUCAUGCUAUCCAGAUAUUUCUUGUGCUCAUUCCAUGGAUCGUUUAAUAGGAAAUCUCACAUUGUAAACAUAUUUGGAAAGUAUGAGGUGCUUUGUAAGUUUCAGAAUUGCAAGGGUAAAUACUACGUGGAAUUCAGCACUCAAUGAUGUUCUCUGAUGUAGUAUGGGAUUUUGAGGGCCGCAAAUAAUGUAUGUGGGCUCACGACGACUUAAGUGCUCCAGUUGAAUGUUUUAUUGUGAGCCGAGUCUCUCCAUGCUCUAUAAUUGUUUGCAAAGAACUGUUUUAUUAGAAUUAGAAGUGGUGAUAGAAAAGUUGUAGUAGCUGACAAUUGGAGGAUGUUAUUUUUGUAAAUAGACUAUUCUGACUAAUUUAAUGGUGAAUUGGUGUUAAGAUGAUUGUUUAAUUUGGGAAACUUCUGGUGAAAAUAGUUAUUUUUCA